CCCUGCUAGGUGGCCGCAGAACUGCCUGUCUGGAAAGUGCGCUCCGGGAGAGCUGACCCGCGGCGCGCCUGCGGACAAGCGGAGAAGGUGGGAGCUUCAGCGAGUCACUUUUCCUAGAGACUGGGUGCUAGGCCCGACUAAGAGCCCACGGGAGAGUGAGUUUCCGUGGGUGACUGAAAUACUGCGAAGACCAGCGUGGUGGCUGAGGGAGUUCCCGCUGGGUGGGCGGCGCGCGGCCUCUUCCGGUUUCGGAGGAGUUCGGGGCCUCUUGUCUCCGGCCGGUGCCUGCAGCCUUGGCUCCCGGACCCGGAAGGGGCGGCGGCGGACGGGCAACAGCUGCGAAGAAUCUUACUCUCCACGUGCUGCUCGGGCCUCCUGCUCGGUCUGUGGCUCUGAGCUCGGACUUUGGCUACAGCCUGAAGCUCUCUCCGACCGGCCUCCCAGGACGUGCUUCGGACGCACCCACACCAAGAUGAGGCGGCAAACAGAGGCUACCAAGAGAAAGCACCAAGUGUCCAGCGAUGCUCCACCAGCAAAACGGAGGAAUGAAAUAUCCUCUCUUUCAGCCAAGAAAGCCAGCAAUAAAGAAACUCAGAGAGCAUUUAAAGGGAGCGCACACAAAACAUUUCCUCCAAAGAAGCAUUUGGACACUAUAGGCAAUGAAAGGCAAGAGGAGAAGCCGUGUGUUAAGACUUCGUCGCUGUUUAAAAACAAUCCCGAGAUCCCAGAACUCCACAGAACAGUAGUGAAGCAGGCUCGAGAGCAAGUGUUCUCUCCAGAAGCUUUCCAGGAGCUGGACCUCCACCCACAUCUAAUUUCCACAAUAAAUACAGUUUUAAAAAUGUCCAGUAUGACCAGUGUCCAGAAGCAGAGUAUCCCAGUGCUGCUGGAAGGCAGAGAUGCCCUUGUGCGCUCGCAGACGGGCUCAGGUAAAACUCUUGCCUAUUGCAUCCCUGUGGUCCAGUCUCUUCAAGCACUGACAUCAAAAAUACAGCGUAGUGAUGGCCCCUAUGCUUUGGUCCUAGUGCCCACCAGAGAGUUGGCUCUGCAAAGCUUUGACACUGUUCAGAAGCUACUUAAGCCAUUUACCUGGAUUGUUCCUGGAGUGUUGAUGGGCGGAGAGAAGAGGAAAUCAGAAAAGGCCAGACUCCGCAAAGGCAUAAAUAUCCUUAUCUCAACUCCUGGCCGGUUAGUGGAUCAUAUAAAAUCCACAAAGAACAUUCACUUUAACCGAGUACGGUGGCUGGUUGUGGAUGAAGCAGACAGGAUCUUGGAUUUGGGCUUUGAGAAGGAUGUCACCGUGAUUCUGAAUGCUGUAAAUGCUGAGUGUCAGAAGCGGCAGAAUGUCCUCCUGUCAGCGACACUCACGGAAGGUGUAACUCGGCUGGCUGAUAUCAGUUUGCACAAUCCAGUCAGUAUCUCUGUCCUGGACAAAAGUUGGGACCAGCCCAAUCCUAAGGAAGUUGCUAGUAUCCAGCUGGACAGCUUUGCCAUACCAGAGAGUCUCGACCAGUAUGUGGUGUUGGUUCCCAGCAAGCUGCGCCUUGUCUGCCUUGCAGCCUUCAUCCUGAAGAAGUGCAAGUUUGAGAAGGACCAGAAGAUGAUUGUCUUUUUCUCAAGUUGUGAGCUGGUAGAGUUCCACUACAACCUCUUCCUUCACACCCUGCUUUGCCACUCCGGGACCCCUGCUUCAGAGACGCUGCCAUCUGCCUCCUGGCCACUGAAAUUCCUUCGGCUGCAUGGCAACAUGAAGCAGGAGGAAAGAACUUCUGUGUUUCAUGAGUUCUCACAUUCUGGAACUGGAGUCCUACUCUGCACAGAUGUUGCAUCUCGAGGCUUGGAUCUCCCACAAGUCACCUGGAUUGUUCAGUACAGUGCUCCGUCUGCACCUGCAGAGUACAUUCACCGCAUUGGAAGGACUGCCCGGAUCGGCUGUCAUGGGAGCAGCCUGCUCAUUUUGGCUCCUUCGGAGGCAGAGUAUGUCAACUCGUUGGCUUCUCACAAAAUCAAUCUGUCGGGCUGGAGAGAUGGCCCAGCAGUUAAGAGCCCUGACUGCUUCCAGAGGUCCUGAAUUCAAAUCCCAGCAACCACAUGGUGGCUCACAACCAUCUGUAAUGGGAUCCGAUGCCCUCUUCUGGUGUGUCUGAAGACAGCUACAGUGUACUUAUAUAUAAUAAAUAAAUCUUUAAAGGAAAAAAAAAGUCUGUGAAGAAAAAGAAUGGUUUUGUUCCUUGGUGCCCUUGUUUGCUCUCUCUCAUGAGGCCAUACUGGUCAGGUCAUUAUCUUUCCUCUCUGAUGUGUCCAGCUGGAUUCAGAGCCUUCCAACCUGGGGCUUAUGGUGCUCCUCGUGGUAGUCCGCAUCUGGGCUGCCCUUUUCCUAGGCUAGUAUUCUUGGGGAGUCCUGGCAAAUUGAGUUGGAAGCCUGUUGCUGGAGCUGGUCCUCAGUUUCCCCUGCUGAUUCUCACCACAGCACCCUGUGCUGAGGGCCUGGAGCAGUGCAGUCGUGGGAAGGAAUGUCUGCAUGCCCCAUAGCAGCCCAUCUUCCUAUCUCCUUAACUCCCAGCCCAGGCCAGCCAGGCCUGCUCACUCAGCCUUUCAUUGCCUGCUCAGGGUGCUCACGGCUGCUUACUCUCUCACAGUCCACAGUAGCAAUUCUGUUGGUCCCCUAAAUAGGAACUAAAAUAAACUCUGAUGAGAAAGACUACAUUGCAGGAGCUGAGCCGGAUGGAGUUGGAGCUUAGCUGGUAGAGUGCUUGCUAAGGUGUGCAGUUCCCAAGACCAGUGGAAACUGAGAGGAGUGGUACAGUCCUCGAAUCAUAGUACUUGGGAGGUCAGAAGUUCAGGGUCAUCAGCGAAGUUCAAGGCCAGCCUGGUCUACAUUAUACACUGUCUUAAAAAGUAAGUAAGUAAAUAAGAAUCUUUAAAACUUUUUAAAGUCACUACAUUAUAUGUAAUAGACAGAAAUAGUCCAGGACGUUUUUGAAAAUUAAAGGGAACAUUAAUCAUUCAAAGGACAAGGCGGUAGAAGAGGGGUAUGCGCUCUUGUGGGAGAUGUAGAGUGCUCUCUUCACAAUCUGCUCUAGCAUAGUGGGCAAGGGACAGGAGCCCUGGGCUGUUGCCACCUCCAUCUAUGCUCAGAGCUUUGUCCCUCUGUCCUUCCGCUUGUUUAUGCUGCUGGGUCCUUCCUGCUUCAGUGUUGCUAGGAAAGCCAUUGCUGGUUUGUUAAAAUGUACAAGCUUUGUCAGGACAUGCCGGGUGUCCCAGCAAGACAGAACUAUUUGGAUCUGUCCAUAGGACUGAACUAAUCAUGGUAGCUCUGCUCUGUUUCUCAGAAGCACUGCCUCAGGUUAGGGAGAACUUGGUGACUGCAGGUCUUUACCUAAAAUUCCAGCUUGCUGAUGCCUGACCUUGUGCGUGCAAAAGCGUCUUUCUUUUCUGGGACUGAAUUGGUUUGGUGGUUGUUUAAUCACUUUUCCUCCCCUUAGCUCUUUAUCACAUUUUCUCCUCUCUUUUAAUAUUUCACCCCCAAAAUUGUUUUUGUUUUCUUUAACUUUUGAGACAGGGUCUUACUCUGGAACCCAGACUGGCAUUAAACAUCGCAUGUCCUAAGCUAGCCUUAGGCUUGUGUCAGUCCUCUUGCUUUAGCCCCACAUGCUGUAAUUGUAGCUGUGAGCCCUCAAAACCCACUUCACAAUUUAUUUUCCAUUAGUGUAUUUGUCUCUGCCUGCCCUACAGAUGACACAUAGGAGUCAUGUGAGACAAGUCCCAUCCUCAGAGUCAGCCACCACAUAUAUGUCUCUGUCCU